AUGUCAUUUGUAAACAACACCAGCCUAACUCCAGUUUCAUUCAUCCUGAAUGGCAUCCCUGGGCUGGAAGAAGUGCAUUUGUGGAUCUCUUUCCCCCUAUGUACCAUGUACAGCAUUGCCAUUACAGGGAACUUUGGCUUUAUGUAACUCAUCUACUCUGAAGAGACCUUGCACAAACCUAUGUACAUCUUCCUAGCCCUUCUGUCCUUCACAGAUGUGCUCAUGUGUACCAACACGCUUCCCAACACCCUCUGUAUAUUGUGGUUUAACCUCAAGGAGAUUGAUUUUAAUGCUUGCCUGUUCCAGAUGUUUUUUUUCAACACCUUCACUGGGGUGGAGUCUGGAGGUCUCAUGCUCAUGGCCCUGGACCGCUAUGCAGCCAUUUGCUACCCCCUGCAUUAUGCCACUAUCAUCACUAAUUCGGUCAUUGCCAAGGGCAGUCUGCUCACUUUUCUUAGAGGUUUGAUGCUUGUUAUCCCUUUCACUUUCCUCACAAAGCGCCUACCAUACUGCAGGGGCAAUGUCAUACCCCAUACCUACUGUGACCACAUGUCUGUGGCCAAGAUAUCCUGUGGCAAUGUCAAGGUCAAUGCUAUCUAUGGUCUGAUGGUUGCCCUUCUGAUUGGGGGUUUUGAUAUCUUAUGCAUCACAAUUUCCUACACCAUGAUUCUUCGAGCAGUUGUGAGUCUGUCCUCGGCAGAUGCUUGGCAGAAGGCCUUCAGCACCUGCACUGCCCACAUUUGUGCCAUUGUCAUCACAUAUCUUCCAGCCUUCUUUACAUUUUUUACACACUGCUUUGGGGGACACACUAUUCCACCCCACAUACACAUUAUCAUGGCUAACCUCUAUCUACUCAUGCCUCCCCCAAUGAACCCUACUGUGUAUGGAGUGAAAACCAAGCAAAUACGAGAAUGUGUCCUUAAGUUCCCAUUUAAAGGAAAGGACAUUGCUUUUCAUAACAUUUGUAUAAUCUUCUGA